AUGGCAUCUCUGGCAACCUUAGCAGCUGUUCAACCAGCCACCAUCAAUAGCCUUGCCGGAAGUUCCUUCACUGGAACCAAGCUCUCUGUCAAGCCCACCCGCCAGACCCUCAGACCCAAAAACAUCAGGAGUGGUGCUGUGGUGGCCAAGUAUGGAGACAAAAGUGUCUACUUUGACCUUGAGGAUCUGGGCAACACUACCGGGAAGUGGGACUUGUACGGCUCAGAUGCACCCUCACCCUACAACCCUCUUCAGAGCAAGUUCUUUGAGACAUUUGCUGCUCCAUUCACCAAGAGAGGCUUGUUGCUCAAGUUCCUGAUCUUGGGAGGUGCUUCCACCAUUGCUUACCUUAGUGCCACUGCUUCAGAUGACAUUCUACCCAUCAAGAAGGGCCCACAACUUCCACCCAAGCUAGGCCCACGUGGCAAGAUCUAA